AUGGUAGCAACCCCGUAUCAUCAUUGGCUUGAACCAGCGGGCGAGAGGGCUGGUGCAGCCACGAUGCAGAACAACUCUUCUGCGAAGGUUGACCUUGUUGUCAUGGCUGCUUCCAAUGUCCUAGACAAUUCCGGUAGGCAUGGUGUUUAUCUCUACCCGACGCUAAAACCAGAGCCUCUCAACGUUGUGUCAGCCAAGGAUACAACCGUGGUGUUUUCCAAUGGCAAAACGAUCGAGGACACGACUUGUGGUGCAGCAGUAGCCUGCCUUGGCUAUAACAAUGAGAGAGUAAAGAAUGCCAUGAUAAAGCAAAUGGAUAGUUUCUGUUACUCUAAUUCUUUGUUUUAUGGCCAUGAGAUUGGUGAGGAAUUGGCUGCGGAGCUCAUUGGUGGGACUAACGGAGAGAUGGCCAAGGUUUACUUGAUGUGCUCUGGUGCUGAAGCCAUGGAGUCGGCCAUGAAGAUGGCAAGGCAGUAUUACAUGGAGCUCAACCCCAGACAGCCCCAGCGUACAAACUUCAUUGCACGCGAAGGAUCUUACCACGGCUCAACGCUUGGGGCUCUUUCAAUGGGUGGCCAUGUCGGACGGCGAAAGCUUUUUGAAGGCAUGCUACUGGAUAACAAUAUCCACCGCGUCUCAGCUGCCAACGAGUAUCGGGGUAAGGCUGAUGGUCAGACAACGGAGGAGUACGUGCAACAAUUGGCGGAUGAGCUGGACCGAAAGUUUCAAGAGGUUGGGCCUGAAACUGUUGCUGCGUUUGUAGCUGAGACUCUUGUUGGCGCUACGCUCGGCACGAUCCCUGCUCCUACCGGCUAUUUCAAAGCCAUGAAGAAAGUAUGCGACAAGUAUGGCGCACUCCUCAUUUUGGAUGAGGUUAUGUGUGGCAUGGGCCGUUGUGGAUCACUUCACGAGUGGGAGCAAGAAGGCGUUGUCCCAGAUAUUCAGACCGUUGCCAAAGGUCUCGCAGGUGGAUUCGCACCAAUGGCCGCCAUGUUUAUCAACCAUCGUUUGUCAGAUGCGUUGAUGAGUGGAAGCGGACGACCAUCCCAACGUUGGCAAUAUCAGAGGCAGAGGCUUCUUCUGGUCUCGGAUAAAGAGACAAAGGAGCCAUUCCUACCAUCAGAUGGAAUUGCCAAGAAGGUUCAUUUGACGGCGCUCAACGAUGUAGGCAUCAGUCUGUAUCCGGGAAUGGGUACAAAGGAUGGUGUGGCUGGAGAUCACGCAUGGAUAGGUCCUGCUUACAACUGUUCAAAGCAAGAUAUCGAGAGGAUAGUUUCCAAGGUCAAAGAGGCUGUAGUCUUGGCUCUUGGUUAG